AUGACUGACGUCUUUUCUUCGUACGAUACAAACUCAUCUAAAAACGAAAUCUACGGAUCGCCAUUUGAAGCUUCUUCUCCUAUUAUCAACAACAACCAAAGCAACAACAACAACAACAACAACUCAGACAAUAAUAGUCUCACAUCUGCAUCAAACAUGUACACUCAAACCGAUACAAACAAUUCUGUUGUUCAAAACAACAAUCCAUUGAAAAGAGGUGCAGAGUCACAACAACCGGUUGAUUAUUUCGAUUUGGUAAAUGGUAUGAUUAAUAAUGGAUCAAACCAACAAUCAAACAACAAUAAUAACAACAACACUGUAUUAUUAAACAACAACAAUCAAAACUCUUAUUCCUCUUCAUCUAAUGUUGCCAAGAGUGAAUCGGUGUAUAGCAGCCCACCAGAUUCUCCACUGAACCAAUCAAACAACAGCAACCGGGUUAUUUACAACUUUCACCGACCCCAACAACCACAAUUGAUUGGAUCACCAACCACCACAGACGAGGGUUCACCAUCACUCACCUCGCAAAAUGGAGGAACUGCUGCCGCUCUUUCAUACAGUCCUCCACAAUACCUACCAAACUAUGGUCUUGUAUUGGACUCUCGUAAUCCAAAUAUCUUGCCACCACAAGCUUGGCCAGUCAACAACCUCAGCAGUGACUGUAACCUUGUCAACAACACCACAACCUCUUCAUUACAAUUUAAUAUUGGUAGAAAUGCCAAUGGUGGUGGAGUUGUCCAACAACAACAACAACAACAACAAAAGUUACAAACUCAACCACAACAACAAAUGGGAGUACCAGUGAAUGCAUUAAACAUUCAACAACUUGAACAACUUUUACAACAAAUGAAGCAAGAACCAGAGCAGCAAUUAAAGAUGGGUAACUCUAUCCUAAUGAACUUGCUUGGUUUAGGCAACAACAACAACAUUGCCAACAAUGGUCUCAACAACUCUACUUCUCUCAUUCCAAAUGCAACUACUACAAACCAAUCCAAUGGUUCAUUCAUGCCUUCUUUGCAGCAACAGCAACAACAAAUGGUUCAACAACAACAACAACAACAAGGACAAGGUGAUAGUUCUCCAUUAAAUACACCUCCAUUUUCACCAAAUACCUAUCACUCUUCAUCAAGCCCACCACAACCAUAUUACAAUGAACAACAAAUGGUUCAACAACAAACAACCUCUACAACUACAACUACUACUACCAAUUGUAAUGUUGCAAGUUGUACUGCUGUUUGUGGUGGAGUGAGUGCCAACCAACUUAGUAUGGUUGGAGGAACACCUAUCAAGUCGACCAUUUCACAUUGGGAGAUAUUUGGAUCAGAGUCACUCAAGAAGCAGUGUGAGAGCAACCCACCUAUUACAGUGCGUAGCGGUACUGUUAUUUUCGAGCCGUUCAACACCACCAAUGUCGGUCGUCACCGUGCCUGUUGGAAUUUGAUUGAUCCAAUGCACCGCAACUACUACCAACCAAUCCAAUUCAAGUUGCCAUCAAUCACCAACAACCCAUUGAUCAUGCAGCAGCCACAAAACACCAAUGCCCCAGUCGACGUCCAACGCCAACAAUUGCUCAACCUUCAGCUCUUGUCCGAGUGCGACGCUCGUCUCCACAACCGUUACGAGGGCUACCGUAUCUACAUCCACCCCUCGUUGGGUUAUUCUGGCAAUGCCAAGCGUUUCAAGCAAUACCCCGAUCAAAACGAAAAGGCACUCAUCUUUGACGGCAACGUCUACGACGGUCACCUCAACCCCAUCCACAACUGCAAAAUCUGUACAGAGUACUACCAAACAAAGUCGUACUUUUCGGCCAACCCCCAUGCCAAGGGCAAGGUUCUUCUCAUCAAGAACAACAUCCUCACCCGUGUCAAGGACGGACAGUUCAACCUCUCGCUCAAGCCCAUGUGCUGCUCUGGACACAACUCUCACAUUCCACUCUACCUGCACUUUACACUCACCGAUCCAAACACCAAGGAGGUUGUCUUGCAAAGUUUGAUCAAUGUCAAUGUAAAGCAAUGGAAAAAGUCGGUCCCAAACAAAAACAAGAAAUCAAAAUCUGAUGAUGGUGAAUAUUAUCUUAACAACAAUAAUAAUCAACAACCUCAACAACAAAUCAACCAACAAAUGCAAAAUGGUGGUAAUCUUUUAUCACAACAACAACAACAACAAAUCAAUCAACAACAACAACAACAAAUCAACCAACAGCAACAAAUCAAUCAACAACAAUUGCUUCAACUUGCCCAGUUUUAG